AUGUCCUCCAAGAAGAUCGCCGAGUUCCCCAACGUCGAAGCCAAGCUGCAGAAACCGACAAAGCAAUCCGCCUUUGAGAAGCAGCGCGCCGAAGCCGAAGCUAAACGGGCGCGGGAAGCCGCCGAGACGGCCGCCGUGCUCAGGGAGUUCGAAGCGAGCUUUGACGACGACGACGACAACGGCCGCGAUGGUCAUGGCGGAGGCGGCGGCGGCGGUGGAGGCCGCUACGGUGUUUCCUCGCAGCAGGGUGGUCCGGGCCGCGGGCUGACGGGCGGCGGCGGUGGUGGUUUCGGCGGCCCGCCGGCGGCGUCGAGGCGGCAUUUCGGCGCGCCGGCGCUGAAAAUGGGCCCGGGGAGUCUGGGCCCUGUGCCGCCGAAGAGUGGACCGGUUGGUCUGGGGUUCGCGCCGAGUUCGUACGGCGGCGGGAAGAAAGAAGGGGGUUCCGACGCGUACAGCCGGCAGGAGGAAGGGACGGCCAGGCUUGGGUUCGACGCGCGCGGGCGAGCCGCUGUCGGUGGCCAAGGUGUUUCACCACAGCGACGACGAGGACGACGAGGGAGGCCAUCACAAGGGCGGCGCGAGGGCCGAGGAGAUGGCUGUGGCGCGGCCGACGCUGCGGCUGUCGCAGAUUCCGCCGGGUACCUCACCGGCGUUCAUCAAGUCGCUGAUGCCGCCGUCGCUGACGGUCGAGGACGUCAAGAUGGUGCCGACGUCUGGAGACGCCGGCUACGGGAGAUCGACGCCGCCGUCAGCUUGCUGCAGAACCGGUACUUGGGCUACGGCUUCUACCUGUCCCUCCAUCGCCACCUGUCCUCGGCAGUCUCGUCCGUCGCAGCGCCGACCCUAACCGCCUCAUCGACAGGCUCCCAGCCGUUUGGCGCGAAACCCGUCGCGCAGCAGGCAGGCCCCGGAAACGGCCCCUCCCAACAGACACACCGCGGUUUUGCUCCGCCGACUUCCUACAACCAAAUGGCCGGCGCAGCAGUCAACAGAAACAGCAUCCUCCACGUCCCCGUAACGCCACCGCACGACGUCAAGACGCUCCAGCUCAUCAACAAGACGCUCGAAUCAGUCCUGGAACACGGGCCGGAGUUUGAGGCACUGCUGAUGACGCGAGCCGAGGUCCAGCGUGAGGAGAAAUGGGCCUGGCUGUGGGACGCCAGGAGCGUGGGCGGUGUAUGGUACCGUUGGCGGCUCUGGGAAAUCGUGACGGGCUCGUCGUCGAGCAGCAGCAAAGGGCGCUACCUACCUCUCUUUGACGGCAGCCAUGCGUGGAAGGCGCCGGAGAAGAAGUUACCGUUUGAGUACACGACACACAUUGACGAGUUCAUCUCGGAUUCAGAGUACAACUCGUCUGACGAGGAGGACAUGGACGGCGAGGCCAACCGCGAGGCAAACGCAGGCGCCGAGGUUGAAAACACUUUUCUGAACCCCCUCGACAAGGCCAAGCUCACUCAUCUCCUGUCACGACUGCCAACGACGCUAUCAAGAAUACGAAAGGGGGACAUUGCACGCAUCACGGCUUUUGCUCUAACACAUGCCAGCCGUGGCGCCGAUGAGGCUGUCGCCAUGAUUGCCGCAAACAUCAACAAACCAUUGGCUCUCACGGCCGCCAACCCGGCUCUGUCGAGAGACGAAAGAGACAAGAGCAAACAGCGCGACGGCUCGGACCAAUCCGACACGGAGCAGGAUGGCAAAGCGGACAAGGAGAAGGAGAGUCAGGACACGAGCGGAGCCAGUCUUGUGGGACUCUACGUGGUGAGCGACAUUCUCUCGUCGUCCUCGACGAGUGGAAUACGACACGCGUGGCGAUUCAGACAGCACUUUGAGGGCGCGCUCAAGGAUGCCAAGGUGUUCGAAAAGCUGGGCCUCAUGGCCGACAAGCUCCGCUGGGGUCGACUCAAGGCAGACAAGUGGAAACGCAGUGUAGGCAUGGUUCUCAGCCUCUGGGAGGGCUGGUGUGUCUUCCCUGCUGAGAGCCAGGCGUUCUUCACGAACACGUUUGAGAACCCGCCAUCGCUCAAGACCCAGGCUUCUACGGACGAGGGUCUGAAGAAGGGCAAGUGGAAGGUUGUCGAGGCGUCUACACUGGCCGGCGUCGACACGUUGCCUGAGGCAGUCGAAAAGGCAGAUGACGGUGAUGUCGAGGGCGAACCAAUGGAAGAGGAUGAUGUGGCUGGUGAGCCAAUGGAGGACUACGAUGUGGCUGGUGAACCGAUGGAUGACGAAGAUGUGGCGGGCGAACCGAUGGACGAAGAGGACGUCGAGGGCGAACCAAUGGAGGACGACGUGGAAGGCGAGCCAAUGGAGGACGACGUUGAUGGCGAAAAACGAGACACUACAGCACUCGAGGCGUCGUCCCAGGCAGGCGGGAAUGCGCAGGUGAUACCCGCAGGUUCUGGGCCAGGGAGGAAGCGAAUGAGGGCCGUGGACAUGUUUGCGGAAUCCGGCGACUCGGACUAG